AGGACGUGAAGAGAAACACGCACAAGUAGCACAAGCACACACGGAUUUAUCCAGGUUCGGAGUCCUCUUGCUUAGGUAAAAUUUUUACUCCUGUUUUGUUGUAUUAGCCGAGAUAGAAAAUCUCUACAAUGGCGUUCGUUGAGUUGUAUUCUUGAAGAAAAAGAAAAAGAAGAAGGAAGAGAAACCCUAAAGGUCUAAGUGCAACCUCCUGUUUCUACAGAGGGGUAACGUUUUAUUUAUAGGCCGCUCAUAUCACACUAACAUGUGGGCCGAGUCUAACGCCAUCUUCUUUGGGCCCUGCCGAGCACGUGGCUUGGUUCCCUCCGGAUGGCACUGUGGGGGACAAUACAACUUUACUUUUCCCUGACACCCUGCAGAAAGUAUCGCUAUCCUCUGCCGGCUUCCGUCAGAAAUUCUCUUUCGGUGCUUCCUCUCUGUAGUUGCCUGGCAUCGGUACGUAAGCGCUGACCGCUUUUUCUGAGAUGAUGAUGGCGCUGCUUUACUUUGCAAGACCGUUGAGAGAUCUUGGCUAUCGCUGAGAUCAAGGUGCUCGUCCUUAUCCUGCAAACUCAUAAGACAAAAUAGCCAUGCCGGCAUACGUCUGGGAUGUCGGCUUAGUGUUAAUUUGACUUCACAAUGCCAGCAUAUAUAACUAUGCUGGCCUUGCUUCCGUCAUCUCGGCUAGAGUUGUGUCGUCAUGAUCCUACCCAGGGUCAUCCCCCCGACACUAGUCCCCGAAGUUGUUGCGGUCCGACAGAGAAGAAUGUCGGGUCACGACAGUUUCCCAUAGACAGGCCACCAAAGCCUACUUGGGCUUAGCCGACAAAGAUGCCGAGACAACCCUAGGUUCUCCUAGCCGAGAUCAAUCCAUUCCGACAUUCCGGAUCGGCGUGCUUAUCCAGCCCUUAGCCGAGAUUUUUUCUCCUCCAUGGCCGACAGUUGAAAACUUACUACUGCCGAUAUAGAUGCCACCUGUGACUCGGAUAAUACACUCCUUUAAACUAACGGGAGGAUAAGGUAGGAGUUACUGCCAUUGCGCUUUUUGAGGCGAGUGCGCCAUCCCAUUGGACAGUAAAGCCGACAGAGCCAUUAAGGGGAGAAUUUCGGUUCCCACACAUACACUUAUCCUCCCGAUCUUGCAGGGUUCUCGGCGGCACGCCGCGCAGUAACCAAGCGUGCGCUUUGAUGGGAAUAACUGCCCCAAAUCGUGCGCAAUUUUCCCGUUAGCCACUAAGGUGGUGGGCACGGGGAACCCGCACCGCAUUACUGCGCCACGGGUAUAAGUAACAGGGGAGGGCGAGGGCAGAAAACCCUUCGCACUCCUCGCACUCUUUGUCCUCCUCUGUUCUCCUGCUCCUCGCGCACUCCGCCGCCACUUGCUAGCUCCGAGCUUCCCCACCGCUGCGGUUUCUUGCCUCCGAGCUCGCUGCCGUCGGUUCGCUCGCACCCAUUUGGGUCUCCGCCGCAUUAGCUUGCUAGCUCGAGCCUCGCGCAAGCACCAUCUUCAUCGAAUCCUCCAAACCCUAGAUCUGUUCUCCAUCCAUGGCGUCUUCUUCUCGCAACCCCGCCGUCGACUCUGUUGCUCAGCAGGCUGAAGAGAGGGCCAGCUUCGAGCGAGCCGGCUGGGAGGGCUCGGACGUCACUCCGGCGGACAUCCAGUGGCUCCGCUGCUCCCGGCGGAUCCCGGAAGACGUUGAGUGCCGGAUUCCCGGCGGCGAGACCGUGCCAACUCCAGAUGCUGGUGAGCGCGUUGUCUUUCUUGCUCACUUUGAGCGCGGUUUUGCACUUCUUACUAGUGAUUUUCUUAGGAAUUUACUAGAUUUCUUUGGCCUCCAGCCGCACCACCUUUCGGCGAAUGACAUUCUUACUCUCUCGGCAUUCGUCACUUGCUGCGAAGGCUAUCUCGGCCUUUGGCCCUCCAUCGACCUGUGGUCUUGUUACUUCAUGUUCCGGCCACAGGUUCUUCCUGAUAAGGACAAUCCCGACGCCGCGAAACCGAAGACCCAAUGCGGCGCCACCACUGUCAUUCCUCGUCGGGGUUCCGCCUUCCCCCGGAUUCAGGGUCUUGAGUCAUGUAAAAAAUGGCUCAAGACCUUUUUCUAUGUUAAAAAUUGCUCUGAAGCCGACAAGAUCAAUCUGCCGGGAUUUGAAGUCGGCCCCUUGGAGGAGAAGAGAAACUGGUCUUACGACCCGAAGGAGGGCCUCCCGGAGGUCAACGAGAUCCACGCCGCCAUCCUCGAGCUCAAGGGUUCCCCUCCGGACGACCAGCGGGCACAGCUGGGGGUUACUGGGCCAGUUCGUAACGGACUGGAAUGGCGCUGACAGUUACAAGGUGACCUCCAGCACCCUCCAGGCGACUCCAGAAUCGGUGGGACCUCCACCUGCGGCGACUCCAGAAUCGGUGGCCACCCGGAUGUACCAAGCAAGGGUGGCCUUGUUUGAGGCCAGCCGAUCUUCCGAGUCUUGCAUGAACAAACGCACCGCUACCUUCAAGACUUUGCUUGCAAAGUACAAGAAGCUGGAGGCGGAGCACGAGACUCUGAAGGCUGACCGCAAGAGCCAAACCGGGGACACCGCUCAAGUGGCGGAGCUGCUAAAGCGCGUCGCCGAGGUCCAAGAUGAGAAGACUUGGCUGGCCGAGCAGCAUCAGGAGGAAAUAACCCGGCUGCAGGCGCAGAUUGCGGCGCAGGCCGAGGCGCACCAAACCGAGGUGGGUCAACUCACCUCGGCCCUCUCUUCCCAGGCCGAUGAAAAGAUCCGCCUGGAAAGUGAGGUGAAAAAGUGCAAGGGUCUAGUUUCCCAACUCGAGACCCGCGCCACUGCCGCCGAGUUGGAAGAUGCCGAGAAGACCCAGUUGUUCAAGGUCGUCCGGCACGAACUCAUCAGAAUUCUUCCCUCAAUCCCUCGAGGGUGCCCAAGAGGCCGUGAGGACGGCCCGCCGAAAGAGGGAUUCGGCAGCAGUAGCAGGGGUGCCGUACGAGUAUGACUUGGUGGACUACCUGGUGAGCAUUGCGAGCCAGGUCAAGCCACUCAAGUCAUUCGGCAUCAACAUGCUGAAUGCCGGCAUCCAGACCUUUCGCGCGCUGUGGUCGGGAGAAGAAGCUCCGACGGACAUCCCGGAGUUGGUCAAGCGCUUGCUGGAGGUUGAGUCUCGGCUGAGUGACUGGCGGGAGUCGGCCGCGCGCAUCGGCGCCGACGAGGCAUUGUCGUUCGUACUGUCCUGGUACGACGGCAUCAACCUCGACGUGCUGCAGUCGAUGCGUGUCGGCUCCCCCUAUCUCACUGAUCCCGAGUUGGUCGCCAAGCGCAAGGAGCGGGCUUACUCCUUCAUCCAGUAUGCCGAUGUGCAUACGUUUGUGGAAGGCCCGCCAUCCGAUGCCAAAGCCGAGAUGACCAACGGGGGCGAAGAAGCAGCGGACGAGGAAGCUGUUGUGGAGUCGGCCUCAACCGCGACGGAUGAGCCGAGUUCCGGCGCCAACAACCCCUCCGUCUCUUCUUAGCUAAGUUAGAAAAAGCUUUAGAAAAGAUCCUCGGAAUGCCAGGUGCAAAUGUAGCUGGAAUACUUUUGUUUGUAAGACAUCUUGUUUUUACUUUAAUUAAGUCUUUUGCUUAUUGAA